AUGAUUAGUAUUGUCUUUAAUCUGAAUGUUUUUCGUAUUUCAUCAAAAGAUCAACCAUUAUUAGUUCGUAAAAUCUUAAAAUCUAUUUGGUUUGCAACAUCACAUACAAAUCAAAUUCGAAAAUAUCGUUUAAAAUCGUUUGGUCGUUCAUCAAAUGAACAUACAUUUUCUAAAGAUCAUGGUGAACAUCAAGGUGAACAAAUUAGUGUUACUGAUUAUUUUGAAGAAAAAUGGAAAAUUCGUUUACGUCAUCCACAUUUACCUCUUGUGGAAUUAUAUAAUCCAGCUGAUAAAAAUAAAUCACAUUUUUUACCAAUGGAAUUAGUUACUGUUGAUGAAUGGCAACGAAGUUUAAAACCAUUAACAACUGAACAACGAGCUAAAGUAACAAAAAAAACUGUUGUUAAACCAGGUGAACGUUUUGGAAUGAUUCGACGUGUUGCUGAUGAAUGUCGUUUUGAUCAAGAUCUUUAUUUAGAAAAAUUUGGUAUUAAAGUUCAUUCUAAUGAUAUGUUAAUUAUACCUGCUAGAAUUUUAACACCACCUGAAAUAAAAUAUAAAUCAUCACAAGAUGAUCAACGUGAUGUUAUUGAAAGAGUACAAAUUGGUAAAUGGUAUUUAAAUAAUCAUUUUAAUAAAGCACGUGAAAUACGUGCAUGGGCUCUUGUUCUUGUUAGCCAAAAAGAACCUGAUGCUAGACAAGUUGGUUUAGCUAGAGAUUUUGCAAGUAAAAUUCCACAGGCAAUGUCAAAAUAUGGUAUUAGAUUUAAUUCAGCAGCUAUUGAAAAAUCAGAUGCUGCUGUACCUGAUAUUAUUUUAGCUCGAAUGAAUGAACUUAAAAUGUUAGGAUGUGAAGUUAUUAUUUAUAUUCUUAAUCAAGUUGGUGAUGAUAUUUAUCAUGUUAUUAAAUUUUUUGGAAAUGUUAAACUUGGUAUGGUAACCCAAUGUACACGUUUUGAUAAACUUAUGGCAAAUAGUGAACCACGUAAAAUGGAUAUGUAUAUUCAAAAUUUAGUACAAAAAUUUAAUGCAAAAUUAGGUGGUAUUAAUCAAUUAGUUUCGUUAAUGCGAGCAUUAACUUCUCCAUCAUCUCGUACAGAUAUUUUUAUGUUUUUUGGUAUUGAUUGUACUCAUGUAACAUGUUCACGUGAACGACCAUCAAUUGCUGCUAUUAUUGGAUCAAAAGAUUCAACAAGUACACAAUAUGUUGGUCGUGUUAUUCAACAAUAUUCUCCUAAAGGAAAAAUAGCAGUUGAAAUAAUAAAAGAUCUUCAUAUUUAUGUUGGAGAAUUAUUACGUGAAUUUUCUAAUCAUAAUACUCGUUUACCAAAUAAACUUGUUUUUUAUCGUGCCGGUGUUGAUGAUGGAUCAUUUCAAAAAGUACUUGAUAAUGAAGUACGAGCUAUUCAAAAAGCAUCUAAAGAACUUUAUGGUCAUAAUGAAUUACCAAAAAUUUGUUUUGUUAUUGUUAAAAAACGUCAUAAUACACGAUUUUUUACUUGGGAUAAACAAUCAAAUCAAACAAAUAAUAUUCAACCAGGCACAGUUAUUGAUACAGAUAUUGUUUCACCUAAUGGAUUUGAUUUUUAUCUUAAUUCUCAUGCAGCUAUUCAAGGUACAUCAAGACCAAUGCUUUAUCACGUUUUAUAUGAUGAUAUUGGUUUUACACCAGACGAAAUUCAACAAUUAACAUUUUAUUUAUGUCAUACGGAUGUUCGAUGUACGAAAUCUGUUUCUGUUCCAUCACCUGUUCAUUAUGCAACACUUUGUGUAGCUCGUGGUCUCAAUCUUGAUUAUGAAGGACAAAUGUCUAAUGAACAACGAAGUAUUGCUGCUUCUGAUAUUGAAGAAGGAAUUUUAGAUGAAAAUGUUGUUGUAACAUUAGAUGAUGUUCAAACAAUAAAAAUUGACUUUAAUUCAUCAAUUGAGAAUACAAUGUGGUUUGCAUAA